CACGAAUUCACGUGUUGCGUUCAUGUGAUCGAAGCAUUCGGAGUCUAGGACCGUGGCGUCCCUCUCUUCCUGGCUGCGACAAGCUAGUUCUGAUACGUCAAAUUCGUUUGGGAACUGAUUCGUUUCAGAAUGUCAGUGACACUGCAUACUGAUGUUGGAGACAUCAAGAUGGAGUUAUACUGCGACAAGUGUCCUAAGUCAUGUGAGAAUUUCUUGGCAUUGUGUGCAAGCGGGUAUUAUGAUGGUUCCCUCUUUCACCGCAACAUAAAAGGCUUCAUGGUACAAACAGGAGACCCAACUGGCACAGGAAAAGGAGGUUCUUCCAUAUGGGGUGAAAAGUUUGAAGAUGAAAUCAAAGAGGAAUUGCGACAUGAUGCCCGUGGUGUUGUUUCCAUGGCAAACAGUGGACCAAACACCAAUGGAUCUCAGUUCUUUAUCACCUAUUCAAAGCAGCCUCAUCUUGAUUUGAAGUACACUGUUUUUGGAAGGGUCAUUGAUGGCAUGGAUGCAUUGGAGGAGUUGGAGAAACUCUCAGUCAACCCCAAGAAUUACAGACCUGUUACUGACACAAGAAUAAACAGUGUGACUAUUCAUGCCAAUCCUCUGGCAGGUUGAUGAUAGCUUUAUGGAA